AUGGACUCCUGCCAAUCGAACUACAACGUGUGCCGUGCCGGCGCUGUUAUAAACACUGUUAACCUCGAUAGGUUCAAGCUUCAGCAGCUCCAAGACAAAUCACCACCGUUAGGAACACACUCUUACGCUGGCUAUGAAGCAAGAGCUGAGGUGUUCACCAUUACUCCCACUCGCGAAGAUACAAAGACGGACCCGCUUGACACAGCAAUUUCAGCGCUACAUGUCGCCCAGAAGAACUUCCAACGUGUUCUUGAUCAAGUAAAGCUGGCACGAACUGGAGAGACACACAGCAAUUCCGUAACUGCGUUAGGAGUUGCACAUCAAGAGUACAUUCGAGCUCUUCGUCGUGUGAAGCAGAUUAAGUAUAGAAGCAAGAAGGCCGUCGGAUUCAGAGCCCUUCAGCAAGACAUCUGUCAGCUAAAAGAACUCACUGCCCAGCUGAAGCGUAGACACCACGAGAUAACGACCUCUCUUCCUCCAAAACAAACCGUGUGGACUGCUGUCGUGGAAUAUUUCCGAGUUUUCCGAGGCAAUUCUGAGGAGUUGGAAACUUCUUUCGAGCUGGUUCAGAAAUGUCCAGUUGGAACUCGUAAGAAUAAAAAGAUGAGUGCCAAUUCGGUCGUCGCAGUUACAACAACUAGCAUCACUAUCACCGAGGAGACGCUACGCCACGCGUUUCCACACUUGAUUGACACCGGGACUGGAAGCAGCAGUUUUGCGCUUGUGCAUUUGCUGUUGGACGAACGACUUGUAUUGCACGGGUCUACGUACUUCGAAUGGGAUCCAGUAUACGGACGUGUGACGCGUGUAGUAUCCCAAGCGGACAUGAUUACACCGGUUCUGAUGCUGUUAGGGAGCUUGGAAGAUGUAUCACGGGUAUUUGAGAAUGCUCUUGUUUCUCCUACAUUUGAACUGAGAUUAUUUUCAUAA